AUGGGCAGUCCCGCCGGCCAAGUUGUGCGCCAGGCGGCCCCAGCUCCGCCGGAUCAGGACGAACACGCCACGGCAGGACUGACCCUGGGCUCCUCGGCGCCGGACGUGCGCACCGCCCUGGGGGGAACUGGCGCCAGCUGCCGGCCCACCCCGGACGACGGGCGCCAGGCUGGGGCGGCGCCGCCGCCGCCACCCGGCGCGCAGCGCCCGCGCCCCGCCGCCGUGGUGGGCCUGGCGCUGAAGAAGGAGAAGCGCAAGAAGCACAUCAGCGACAGGCUGGUGGCGCUGGCGGCGGAGGCGGGCAUCGAGCUGCGGUUUGUGGACAAGGAGGCUCCGCUGGAGGCACAAGGGCCCUUCGCCGCCAUUCUACAGAAGGUCCGCAAGCCAGACUGGGAGGCCGCCAUCACCGCCUAUGCGGCGGCGCACCCCGAGGUGCGCGUCUUCGACCUGCCCGCCGCCACCUACCCGCUGCGCAACCGAGGAUCCAUGGUGUCCUUCCUGGACGGCGGCGGCUGGGUGUUUGAGGAGCCCGCCGCGCUGGCGCAGGGCGGGCGCCCGCCGCAGCGCUGCCGCUGCUGCGUGCCCACCAACACAACGCUGGCGGAAGGGACCGGCUACGAGGCUGCGGUGGCGCAGAUGGCGGCGGCGGGGCUGCGCUACCCUCUGCUGGCAAAGCCGCUGUGGGCAGACGGGCGGGAGGGGUCGCACGCGCUGGCAGUGUUGCACAGCCCGCGCGGCCUGCGGCGGCUGCUGGCGGGCGAGGCGGCCUGCCUUCAGCUGCCGGUGCUGCUGCAGCAGUAUGUGGAUCACGGCGGCUGCCUGUUCAAGGUGUAUGUGUUGGGAGAGACGUCAGUGCGAGUGAAGCGGAACUCGCUGCACCUCCCGCAGUGGAGCUGCUCGGCGGCAGGAGGGGACCCAGCAGCUGCCGCCGCCCCGCAGCAGCAGCAGCAGCAGCAGGGGCAGCAGCAGGCGGCGGCAGGGCAGGCGGCGCAAGGUGGCGGCGGCGUUGGCGGUGGCGGCGGCGGCGGCCAGCCUCUGCCAGACCUGGAGCUCAUGGAACGAGGCCACGGCGUGCCCAGCCCGCCCGCCUGGCUGCUGCAGGCGCUGGCGCAGCGGCUGCGGCGCCAGACCGGGCUCAGCCUGUUCAAUUUUGACGUCAUCGUGCCCAUGCACUGCCACCGCCGCCGCCUGCGCCACGAGAGCAGCGCCGCCGAGGCAGGCACGCCCGCCAGCAGCCUGGAGCAGGCUAGAAUGCAGCAGGCGGGGCAGCAGGCGGGGCAGCAGGCGGGCGGGGAGCAGCAGAACGGCGCCUGCCGGCCGCAGCAGGCAGAGCAGGCCGAGGAACCCGCGGCUUUGGACCUGCGCCUGGCAGAGGCGCAGGCGGCGGCGGCCGCAGCAGCAGCACCUGCCGUGCAGCACGACGCGGCGGCGGGGGGCGGGGCAUGCGGCGGGGAGGAGCGGCGGCCGCCCAGCGAGCGUGCGGGACAGGCAGGGCAGGGCGAGGAGGGGCAGCAGCAGGAGCUGUUGUACCACCUGAUUGACAUAAACUACUUUCCAGGGUAUGAGAAGAUGCCCAACUACGAGGGCUACAUGGUGCAGUUCCUGCGCUCCAUCACCGCCCCGCAGGCGGCGGCGGCGGCGGCGGCGACGGCGGCGCCCUCGCCCGACGCCCAGCAGCAGCAAGAGCAGCGGCAGCAGGGGACCUGCCGGCGCAGUAGCUCUUUUACUGUCAUGCAUGGCCCCUGA